AUGACCUUCCCUCAUUCCCCCGGCGCCGAUGACGACGCCACCCGCAAGCUCAUCUGGGCAUCCGUCUACCGCACCCUCCUUCAACACGCCCACCCCGACGCGCGCUUCAACCACGACUACAUGUCCUUCACCCCCGACUUCCGCAACUCCUCCUCCGCAGUCGACCGCCUCACGUCUCUCUCCUGCUACAAGUCCGCCACCGUAAUCCUCAUAACCCCCGACAACAGCCUCGAGCACCUACGAUACCGGGCGCUGAAAGACGGGAAAAAGCGGAGACCAAAUACGAAAUGGCUGCUUGUCUAG